AUGGCGGACAUAGUGGAACAUACUCACACCAUCCCUGACACCUUCUACCUUCCAAACUACCUCUAUGAUGAACCCGAGAAAGAGGACGUCAUCCGAAACCGUCUCCCACGCAAACGACCAGAGGACUUCCCAAGUCCAAAACUCGCCGAGAUAGCAGUGAAACUAGUCCGGCGACUCAAACACCGAUAUCACAAGCUUGACAAAGGGAAGAUACGGAUACUUAUAUUGAGGCCGGGAAAGUUCCAAGAUCCAGUACAAUUAGACCUCUUUGCGGCGGAUAUCGACGCGGUGAAUCCGCCUAAAUACGAAACACUUUCUUACGAAUGGGGAGCGGGACCUGCCGAACCCGAAGUAAUCCUGAGGGACUUCACGGUUCAGAAGAGCGAUUGGCAUAAGCAUAAAGAAAAUCUAUUUGAGGCGUUACGACAUCUCAGACAUGAGACAGAACCCCUUCGAUUGUGGGUAGAUGCACUAUGCAUCAACCAGAGAGAUGUCAACGAGAAGAAUGAACAGAUCCGACGUAUGGCCGACAUAUACAAUCGUGGCUAUAACCUGAAAGUAUGGCUGGGAAUGGAUACCCCUAACAACGAUGCGGCUCGAGCAUUUGAAUUCGCACAGGAAAUUGCGACCAGGGCAAGAAUGGACACAUUGCAUGACGCCGAGUUUGCUCCUGAGCAGUGGAAGGCUCUGGUCCAGGUCAUGCGACGGAAGUACUUCAGCAGGCGCUGGGUUGUCCAAGAAUUGGCGGCAUCCAAGAAAGGCUCUGUAUACUCUGGCGCAAAUCAGCCGAUACCAUGGGAGAACUUGGAGUAUGCAAUUGCAUUGUGCAAAAGAGUCUUUAAUCCGAGUGCGACGGGAUUGAAGACCCAGAGUGGCCUGCACUUCCUGUUUGACCGAAAGGCAAUUGAAGCAUACGGCGCCAGUGUGCUUGUUGAGAAGGCGGCCAAUUUGCUCCGUGAUAAAGAUAUCAAGCGGAAACGAUACACGAUCGAGUACUUGGUGUCAACUCUGACAGCUUUCGACGCAUCCGAUCCUCGAGAUAUUAUUUACGGUGUCCUCGCUGUUGCUCGUCAGCCAGACACCCUUGGUACAUGCAGAAUCGUGCCAGACUAUCAAAGGAGUGUGCUAGACACCUUCAUCAACUUCGUGCAGCAUUGCGUGGAGAGCGAAGGGACCUUGGACAUCAUCUGCAGGCCGUGGGCUCCUAGUCAUACCAUUUGGAAAGGGGAGGUCAGCCGCAAAGAAAUUGAUCGACAGGUGAAGACGCACCUCCCCUCCUGGAUUCGAACGCUUGACGAAUCCGCCUAUGGCCCGCCUGAGACGAUUUCUCGAGGACGAAAGAAUGCAGACCCUUUGGUGGGCCACCACCCAUUCUAUAAGGCAUGCAAGAGACUUGUGCCGAAGGUGUCCUUUGGAAUCAGAACCCGACAGAAUAACAUUUACGACCGCCAGCAUGGUGAGACAAGACUUGUCUUGAGUGAACUGUUUGACGGAACUAUUAUAAUCGAAGGAAUUGUGCUUGGCAAGGUGAAGUCGCUAUCGCCGAGGAUGGUACCUGGUGUCAUCCCAUGGGAGGUCUUGGAAAUGGCAGGAUUCCCGCACACAAAUGCAUACGAGGACCUCACACUGGACAUGCUUCCUGAUCGAAUCUGGAGAGUUCUAACGGCAGAUAAUACAAGCCAAUCAACCGAAGCGUUGGAUAAGAGCUACUGCUUGCGAGCGCUCCAACUCCGCGACUUCCAUGGCGACAUCCAUCUACGAGAGCUGAUUGAUGACCCCAAUACCCCGAAAGAUCUAGUCCCGUACCUGCAAAGAGUCCAGGAUACGGUUUGGAAUCGGAAAAUAUUCACUGGCGGAGCCGACGAGAGGUUCAUUGGCUUGUGUAGCCAGAAGACGCUUGAGAAUGAUCUGAUAUGUAUCCUUCAUGGCUGCAGUGUCCCCGUUAUCCUCCGUCAGACUACGGACAAGCCAAAGCUGGGUCAAGAUCUGAUUCCGCUGCCGAGAGAAAAAUCACUUCCACCGAGGCGAGCGACAACAGUGAACUUUUCCUUCAUGCCUUCCAGAUCUCCAGAGAGACUCAGUCCAGAAACUCUUUCCAGCGACACCUACCUCCAGCCUGCUUCGAAAAGACGCCGCCUUGAUGCCGUUCCAGAGACAACGGCAAAGAACUUCCUCCUGGAAACUGACGGGGAGAGCCAGGUAUAUGAAGAGCCGUUAUCGAUGGACAUGGAUCAGGACGAGAUGGACACUACAACGCAGGGAAAACAGACCAGUGCAUCCUUUCCCGUCUUUUCCAAGACUUGUGCAUCGCCAAUUCACGAGCCCAUCCAGCCUUACCAACCGGAGAAGGCACAGCUUUCCGUUAAAUCUAUGAGACUUCUCUCUCCUAACUCGAUCGGACAACACGGCAAAGGGGCAUCGGAAGGCUCGAAGAUGAUCUAUUACGAAUUAGUCGGGGAAUGUUACGUUGAUGAAUAUAUGAACGGUGAAGCGUUGGAUUUCUCUCAGUUCACAAAGACGAAGCAAGAAUUUACUCUUGUCUAAUACCCCGUAACGCAGGAGGGUUUCCGUUUCGAUCAUUUCAUGGUAUAGAAGUAAUGCUUCGGAUGUACAUAUUCCCAUGUGCUACGCCGGCCCCCUGAACAAGCCAACGUACUUUUAUUUCUCUAACUAGAUAUGAAUUAUAGUGAAAGCACUGAGCAGUGCCCGUACUGAG